CAAAGAGGUGGCAAAUGCUUCCCCUCUGCCAGUUGACCGACUCUCGCACCUUUUGCACCUCAUGUGUCAGAGAGGAGCAGACAACACCGUGAAACUGCAACGACUAAAUAAGUGACUGCCAAUCUGCUGAUGGUGCGCUGGACCGAGUCCUUUGACUCCUGAUAAGUUUGCAUCCUGUAAAGCAGCCUGCUCGGUAUCUUCCGUCUUUUUGAUCUGCUGGCCAAGGAUGGCACUGGAGCAUAGGAGCGCAUUUCGCGCCUCCGUUUUACUGGCUUGUGUGAUAAUCUGCAGUAACGUGCUAUGUCCCGUCGGUGCCUAUCUCUACAACAACCGCUACGUAGGGUGAGUAAAGACCCCCAUUCAUUUCUGGGGCUCAUGAGAGCUUGGACAAACUGGGGCUCCCAUUCAUGUUGAGCGAGAGCUGAGUGAGGCGGCGGCAGGAUAGGCGCACUCUUUCUAUCAGAAAUUGUCUGCAGACUAUCUGCACAUCAAUAGACGUUUAUCUUUUGUUGAGAGAAGAGAGAAGGAACAAAGAAAGGCUCUAUACCCGCCGACUUCUUAGUCGUUUUGGUGCAAAUUCCCUGUUUGAGACAUAAUAUGUUAUUUUGUUUACUCUAUGCCUGCACGGAUGCCUUGUUUUCUGAUGGCAUAAGCCCCUAGCCAUAGUGAUGCAGAGAGGCAGAUUGGUAAUGAUAGGCACAUGAAACGGGAUGCUGGCAGCAAAAGUGGCCUGUCAAACCACUUAGUUAACAAAAACUCCAAACUCUCUUUGUGUGGCAAAGAGCUGUUAUAAUUACAAACAUGAACAAAUUUGGCAUUACAGUAAUUUCUUGUCAAAGUUUCUUGCAUACCAGUCGGUCUGUUCAUGAGGCGGAAUGUGGGGCAAACCACCUCAACUUGGCUAUGACAUUUGUGAAGCAAUUGGACAAAUAGAGACCUCCACUGUGGCCAUCUGGACCUGGACACAUACAGCAAUUUGGAUAAACAUACAGAAUGCAUGAGUGUGGCAUGUAAAGUGAUCAAGUCUUCAGGAUAACUCCGGGUAAUGACGAGGAGGUUCAUGUGCUCAAGAGAGUUCUGGGACAAAUGAAGGUGGACUUUUGGCAGCCCAACAGUGCUUCUCUGAUCUCCCACAAUGCCACUGUGGAUGUGCAUGUGAAACGCAAUGACACACAUGGUCUACGUGCAAGCUUAAAGCAGGAACAUAUCAAUUAUCGUGUGUUUAUCUCCAAUCUGCAGAAGGAAAUUGAAAAGCAGACGGGAUAUCGCUCCUCUCGCAAGCGGAGGUCACAGUCUCAGUACGACUAUGAAGUUUACCACUCCUUGGAAGAGAUUCAGUGGUGGAUGUUUGAAAUGAACAGAACCCACUCUGACUUGGUUGACAUGUUCUCCGUCGGGAAGUCAUACGAAGGAAGGCCGCUUUAUGUGCUUCAGCUAGGAAAGAGAAGUCGUCCCCAGAAGAAAGCUGUGUGGAUCGACUGUGGGGUUCAUGCCAGAGAGUGGAUAGGACCAGCCUUCUGCCAGUGGUUUGUCAAAGAGGCCAUCAACUCAUACCAGUAUGACUCUGUGAUGAGGCGACUGCUCAACCAGCUCAACUUCUACAUCAUGCCGGUCUUCAACGUGGAUGGAUACCAUUUCAGCUGGACCACGGAUCGUUUCUGGAGGAAAACACGGUCCAAAAAUCACAAGUUCCACUGCCGAGGAGUAGACGCUAAUAGAAACUGGAAAGUGAAAUGGUGUGAUGAGGGGGCCUCCUUUCACCCCUGUGAUGACACUUACUGCGGCCCCUAUCCCGAGUCUGAGCCUGAGGUUAAGGCCGUCGCCAAGUUCCUGCGCAAGCACAAGAAGCGCAUCAAAGCCUACAUAUCCAUCCAUGCGUACGCCCAAAUGCUGCUCUACCCAUAUUCCUACAAGUAUGCAACCAUCCCCAACUUCAGCUGUGUGGAGUCAGCAGCUCAUAAUGCAGUGACGGCCCUUUACUCUGCCUAUGGAGUGAGGUACAGAUAUGGACCUGCUUCCACUACUCUGUAUGUUAGCUCAGGCAGUUCUAUUGACUGGGCCUACAGGAACGGCAUCCAGUAUGCGUUUGCAUUCGAGCUUAGGGAUACAGGACACUUUGGCUUCCUCCUGCCUGAAUCCUUGAUCAACCCGACCUGCACUGAGACCAUGAGGGCAGUGAAGGCCAUUGCAUCAGGCCUUCUGAAGAAGUGUGAGAUAGACAGCACAAGAUUUCCAUAUAUACAGUAUGACCGCACUAUACUGUAGCUCAACCCUUACAGCUUUUUUUAUCUCGGCACCUCAUAUUCCUCCUAGAUAUUAUCAGGUGGCCGGAAAAGCAUUUUAUUUGUUUUUCUUGUUUCUUGAGGUCGCCUUUUUUUCUCCUUUUCUGAAAUGAUAUGAACUGACGGUGGUGGGUGUCUAGGGCCAAAAAACAUCCUAUAAGAGAUCUGUUUACAUUUAAUAACAACAAAUAUGUACAGUGUCAGAGAGCAUCUUGGUGGAUCAGUGGGAUGUGAUGUGUCCCAUGUAUUCUAAUGACCAUUUUGAAACCGGCCCGUUGUCCCCCUGAAUUUUGUGUUGCUCUCCACUAACAAAACAAAUAAGCUUUUUAUAGUGAAUGGUGAUCAUGUAAGCACUUGUCAUGAUACAGCAGCACUUUUUAAUGAAAGAAUCAUCUAAGAUUUUAAUGUCUUCCAAAAAUAUAUUUUGCUAAACAAACUGUUUUAAUGAAUAUAACAGUCUGCAUUCAUUAUAAUGUUUUUUCACUACUGUAGGAUAUUUUGGAUUACUCUUACCAAGUGCCAGUUUAGAUUCUUAGAUUAUAAUGUUAAUGUAUUAAUGCCUUUAUUACUGCAACAUUGUAGGUGUAUAUAAUGUGCUAUCACCUGACAAUCUAGGGUUUGGAUUCAAUUGAAAUUUUUUUUGUUUGUUAGACAUGCUUUUAUCUCUUUUAUUUGGUUCAGACUGAAUUUGGGAGAGAGUGACCUGUCAGUUCAGUAGCUUUACUGUUUCAUUACUCAGGUAUGGAUCAAUGACAGUGUCAGAAAUGUUUACUUUUGACAGCCUAUGUGCUUUAUAUGAGGUUUUAGUAAAUGUGUAAAAUUGUACAUGAAUAAAUGUUGUUAUGUAACACAG